CCACCGUAACAGGCUUCUGGUGGAUCCCCCAACCCCACCCAUUAGAGCAGAUGGGGUGGUUUGGUGGGAGAGGGAAAAUGCUGUGUUUUUCCCGAGUGUUCCACGGGCAGCCUUUAAAUGGGAGUGCAGGGGUUGAGGAGUGAAGAAGGCAUGUUCCUCCCCUAGCAGCUGAUACCAUCCGGCCUAAAAAUAGCCCACACACACCAAGCUUAGUCUGUAGCAAUCAGUGCUUUUUAAAAGCCCUGAGAUUUCUACUGGAUCACAUAUUAAAGAGACAAAACACCUUUUACUACGAAGGCCGCAUUUUGUAGAAUCAAGAUGCCAAAGAUCGUCAGACCUGAUGACUGUCAACCAGCCAAAACAGUAUGGUAUGACCGCAAAAAGUACAUUACUAUAAACUUCCUGAUUCAGAAUCCAAAGGAUGUUCAAGUGGACAUUCAGGACACCAAAAUCAUCUUAAGCUGUAAAGAUGAAGAUGAUAACAACAUCUACAACGAGAUUGAAUUUUAUGCCAGAGUGUACAAAAAUGACUCCAGGGAGAAGGUAGGCGAUCGCACCAUUAACGUCUUGAUAAGGAAAGUGAAGGACAAUGUGGCAUGGCCUCGGCUCACCAAAGACACAGCCAAGCCAGCCUGGUUAUCAGUAGACUUUGAUAACUGGAGAGACUGGGAGCAUGAAGAAGAAGACGGCAUGGCUGAGUAUGAACAGUACAUGGACAUGCUUUCCGAUGUGAAAAAGAAAGGAGAGCCGCCCUCUAUGGAUGACCUAGAUGAUCUUAGUGACUGAAUGACUACAUGCCCUGCGAUGGACUGGCGACCCAUCCAGGGUGUAUCCUGCCUUCCGCUCGAAGACUGCUGGGAUAGGCUCCAGCACCCCCCCGCGACCCUGACGAAGAAGCGGCUUAGAAAAUGGAUGGAUGGAUGGAUGAAUGACUACAUAUUGCCAGGCUGAACCGUCGCCGUAGGAGAUGUUUGAAUGGUCAAUGUUUCAACUGGUAACGUUUUCAUCUAGCUUAAAAAUUCUUUUUUCCCCCUCAGAGGUCAUUUUGCUGUGAAAACGGCAGGUUAACAAACGCAUGCAGUGUUACUUUUUCUACGCUUUACACAUCUGAUCACUUAGUUUAGUAUAUUUUUCUACCCUAAUGCUUUUUAAGGAUGUUGAGACAUUUGGUUCGUGUAAAACACUGAUAUCAAAUAGUUAUUCACGUGUACAUAGACUACCUAAGUAAAUGUGCUGCUCUUUGGGCAGUAACACAUUUUAAGAUGAACUGUGUUUUACCAUAAAACAUAUGUAGAGCUGAAAAACUGAGCAUACCUUUGUUGUAAUAAUAAUAAAAACACCCUGUCCUGA